UGCCAGGUUUCUAUUAUGACCGUGAAAAGAAGCGACAUUUUCGUAUACAGCCAGGGACUAGCAGUGUCCCACACGCCAUUACGCAAGAAAAGAUACAAAAGAUAGAAGCAGAAGAAAAAAGACAGAAGAUGCUCAGACAACAAUUUGGUGCUGUCCGCAUCAGACAACUUUCCUGUACACCGAGACGGAGUCACCGCUCCUCAAAUAUGGUGGAUGUAGAGUAUCGCCGAAGCCUGAGGACAGGUGCUGGGAAGAGUUUGAAAUGGAUAAGUGAUGUGAUGCGGUUUCGAAUGCCGUGCUUGAGGACGUGUUCUGUUCGAAAAGUGUUUCCUGAACCGUCAGACAUGUACCAGUCUAUAGAACACAUGCGUGCAAUGCAGACGAGUCCAACUUAUGAUCGUCUUCUCGGUCUCUGGUCCCUUUCUGGUACUGUGAUGCAAAGAAUUCAGCUCUUGAACUUAAAGCCAGCCAUGACUGCAGAUAGUAUCUGUGAUGAUGAAACUGUUGGUGCUACCUGUAAACCAGGCAUUGAUGUGAACCCCUUUGGUGCUGUCAUCAUGAAAUCAUUGAGUAAAGUGACUCACCUCUGCUGGGCCCCAAUGAGUUCUGCAGAGGACUCUAGCAGUUGUGUUCUAUAUACGACAAUGUGCAUCCUAGGAAACCACCCAAGUUUGGCCCUCUUUCGAAAACUAGAUUCUAAUUCUGUGGAACAGUUGGUGUCAACUGAGUUCAAUCUUGGUAAAAAUGCCGCCUGGACUUGUGCUUGGAAUAAAUUUUCCCAAAAGUUUAGCAUCGGGUCUGAACGGAAGGCUUUCCUUGUUGAUCUGAAGACAAGGCGUUUAUGGGAACUGAAAACAGGCAAAGGGGAUGUGUUGUCACAAACCUUUACUCACCAGACUGGCUCUUCCUUGUACAGUGGGACAAGACGUGGCCUGAUCUGCCAACAUGACCUCCGCAGUUCCUCCACACAUUAUGUCUCCUCCUUCAGCCAUAAAUCAAGUGUUUGUCAUCUCCAUCUGCUACGAGAUGAGAACUAUCUUCUUGCAAGUGAUUUCAGCGGAAAGAUCAACAUGUGGGAUAUCCGUAAGGCUAAAGUGGUGAUGGAAUACCCUGGUCACAAAAAUGAUUACAGCCGCAUUCCAUUUGGUGUUGAUGAAACUGAGACGAUCAUAUACAGUGCUGGUCAGGAUUGCUUCACACGAAUCUGGAGCUUACAAGAUGGCUCGCUUCUCCACACGAUCCCACCACCCUACCCGGCGUCGAGGGAGAUCAUUCCAGUUCUUAGCUACUCUGGUCGAUGGACUGGCAGAAAUAUCCCUGGUCUACUCAUGGGAAUCAAGGAUGAAAUUCGGUUCUACUCAUUGUAAAAACAAUUGUUUGACUUCUGCAUUUUGUUGAAUAUCAUGAAGGGUGCUUAUUGAAAGGAAGAGAAUACAGGCAAGAUGGAGGACGGGUCCAAAUAUUUUUCAGAAUACUGGAGCAAGGAAUAUGUUGUAUGAUAUAUGGUAUCAAAUAUUUUUUGCUUGAUUGUGUUAUUAGUGGUUGUUAAAGGUUGUACUUAGUGGAAAUAAGAAUAAGAAUACAUGUGUAAGGAUGGAGUCAUGUUGUGGACCCUGUUUGCAGGAUGAUGAAAUAUAAAUAGCCUUUGUAAGUUUUGAUCAUUGCUUGUGCUGUGUAACAGAGUGUACAUUAUGUGCUACCGGUAUAUGUUAUGAUGGGUUGUGAACAUUUACUUGUCAUUGUGCACAAAACUGACCGUCUUGGAAACUGUAGAGGCAAUAAGUUAUCCAUGUAUGAUGUAAGUUGUUGAUAAAGCUUUGUAAUAACAGUGUGCCAGCUGCAGUAACACAUUGAGUGAGCAUGUAUUGCCAACAGAGCUAAAACUGCAUUCCCAUACAUGCACACUGGUGACAGGUCCUGCUGACUGGCCUUGCUGCUAGAGCAUCAUCUCGCAUUUUCAAAAGCGGACACAGUCUUACUGCCCUGGCAAUAAACUUAUGGAUUCCAUCUAAUAGUUUUAUCAAAAGUCACCUAUCAUCAAUAUUGUUGUGGUUGCAUCAUGAUCAGAGUCUUUUAAUAAUGUUUAUAAAACUAUCUCUGGUGUCUGUAAGUUUUGCUUUAGAAUCAUAGUCUUUGAUUUAAGAUCAACAAUCAACAGUUGACAGUCUUAACCAUGUUGCAUUUAGAUCUCAUCAAAUAAUGCUAUUUUUUAAAGAUUUUUGGAAAAGUUUUGAAUCUUCAAGUGAAACUUGCUUGAAGACACUGGUGCAAAAUUGUGACCUUGCCACUUUGUACUUCCAUGUAUUGCUGCUUGAUAGUCAAACACUAUUGUCAUAUUGUGAUUGAAA